CCGGUUGUUGGGGAACUCGAUGCAUUUAUUCUGCACUAAAAAAAUUCACAAAAACUCCUCAAUAAACCACAAAAACAAGAUUCCCAUUUGUCAUUUCUUCAUUAAAAAACUCAAUAAAAUUUGUACUCAUAUGCAAUCUGACACCCAAUCAUGAAACAUAGUAUUAACAAGAAGAGAUGAAGCAACCUCGUAACAUCGUAUACAACGAUGUAGUCUCCAAACCUCACCUGUCUUUGUCCCUAUUCUUUACAGUUUUCAUUUUUUGUUCUGAGUUUCUUCAUGGAAAUGGAGGGAUUUCUCUUGCCUAUGCUGAGACUGUAACAAAUUAUAGUGUUAAUGAUACAGAGUUCAACGGCUCCACUCAACCGCUUCUAGAAAACGGAGGGAAGAACUGCAAAACUGAAGUACUUUUGGAACUCAACUUAUCAGUUAAGAUUAAUGAUUCUUGUAGUCCUAAUGAUAACAAUGCGACCCUUGUGCAUUCACUUCAGAAAACAAGUGCAUUAGAGGAUGCCGUUUCAACUAUUUUAGGUUACAACAUGUUAAAAUGCCAAUUGCAACCACAAGUAGUGCAUAUCCGUCGUAAUGAAGAUCGGCUACUAAAUGGAAGAACUCUCUUGACCUAUCCGAAUCUGGAAGAAUUCAGAAGCAUUACGGAACAAGAAAAGAGAGGGAGCACAGCAAGUCAGUUAGUAAAUAUCACCCACAGGCUUGAGCCUGAUGGUACGCCUUACAAUUAUGCCUCAUCAUCCAAGGGUGCUAAAGUGGUGGCCCAUAAUAAAGAAGCAAAAGGAGCAAACAAUGUACUGAACAAGGAUCAUGAUAAGUAUCUCAGGAACCCUUGUUCUGUUGGUGAGAAAUUCUUUGUUAUUGAGCUUGCAGAUGAAACUCUAGUUGAUGCAGUCAAAAUUGCAAAUUUCGAGCAUUAUUCAUCUAGGCUCAAAGAAUUUGAGUUAUCCGGGAGUUUGAUAUAUCCAACGGAGACAUGGAAUCCACUGGGAACUUUUGUUGCUGAAAAUGUGAAGCAUGCUCAGUAUUUUAAGCUACCUGAACCAAAAUGGCUUAGAUACUUGAAACUAAAUUUACUCACGCAUUAUGGUUCUGAAUUUUACUGUACUAUCAGUUUUAUCGAGGUAUAUGGUAUUGAUGCAAUAGAGCAGAUGCUUGAGGAUCUUAUAGUCACUUCCCCAGAAUCUUCUGCUGAUAAAAUGGAAAACCUUAAUAAAACUGCUGUGCUGUCUAUGAUACCAGAUUCGGGUUCUGACUACCAUGAACCAAAGGAUGUCGUUCAAAAUGUGGUUGAAUCUGCUAACAAGGAGGUAGAAAAUUUUGAUGAAGGGCAAGGUCUUCAAUUAGAUGCAACAAAGAAAGAACAAACAAUAACCACUGGCCCUGAGUUUAUAAAAAAACAUAGGCAGCUGUCAAAUGGGAGAACUCACGGUGAUGCAGUUCUAAAAAUACUGCUGCAGAAGGUGAGAGCACUUGAGUUGAACUUGUCUGUCCUGGAGCAGUACAUUAAAGAGCUGAGCAAGAGGCAAGGUGACAUUCUGCCUGAGCUGGAUAAUGAAAUUUCUCAAGUUUCAGAUCUCCUAGAGAAAAGCAAAUUGGAGAUCAAGGAUCUCCUGAAAUGGAAAGAGAAUACGGAGAAAGAAAAUAGUGAUCUUGAAUCUUGGAAAGCUUCUGUCUUAGCUCAAUUGGAUUUAUUGGUCAACGGAAAUCACAUGCUAAGAUUAGACGUCGAAAAGGUUAUGGAUGAGCAAGAGAGUUUGGAAAGGAAAGAAUUGGUUGUGUUCUCAAUCAGCUUAUCUUUUGCAUGUAUUGCAAUUCUUAAGUUAAUUUCAGAUAGAUUUCAAACAACAUUCGCGACAAGCCGAGAAACUUGUCCACUCAUUCUGGAAAGCUUAAUUGAAAACAAGUCAACUAGGGGAGAACUUUUGCCUCUGAAGAUCAUGAACUAUUUUUGAUGAUGGACUAGCAUCAUGUUUCCCAUAUUCUUUAAGGAAUACUACUAAGAGGGGAGUGGCCCUUUGUAACAUACUUUUGGUAACAUACUAAAAGCUAAGCUGCUCGAAAGGGAGCCUUGGAGUACCUGGUAAAGUUGCUGCCAUGUGAUCA